AUGGCUUCUUCCAGCGGGAGUGGCACGUCCUCGGGCUCCACUCUGCUGGCCAGCUCCGACGAGGACCUGCAGCUGCAGGCGACUGACAUGAGGAAGCAGAAGAGGAAGCUCUCCAACAGGGAAUCGGCGAGGAGGUCCCGGCAGAGGAAGCAGAAGCAUCUGGAUGACCUGACUGCCCAAGUGGGUCAACUCAGGAAGGAGAACGGCCAGAUUAUCACCAACCUGAAGGCGGUCACCCAGCAGUGCCUGGCCGUGGAGACGGAGAACUCCGUGCUGAGGGCCCAGAUGACGGAGCUGGGAGGGCGGCUGCACUCCCUGGGCGAGAUCCUCCAGUACGUGGACCAGGGUGGAGGGUUCCUCUGCGAAGACGCCUUCCUCGUGAACCCAUGGGCGAUGAUCUCCGCGAGCCAGGAGCCCAUCACGGUCGCCGCCAAUUUUCCGUGCUGA